AAAGAAAAAGAAAAGAAGCAGGGAAAGAAGCAGCCAACAAAAGCCAUGGCGGACAAAAUCGAUGAGAAGCCAUGGCGAGUUCUCGAGUUCUACAGUGGAAUCGGUGGAAUGAGAUACUCUUUAAUGGCGUCCGGCGUCGUCGCAGAAGUUGUGGAAGCGUUUGAGAUCAAUGAUGUUGCCAAUGAUGUUUAUCAGCAUAACUUCGGACAUCGUCCCUAUCAGGGAAAUAUUCAGAGCCUUACUGCUGCUGACCUAGAUAGGUAUAAUGCAGAUGCUUGGCUUCUUUCUCCUCCUUGUCAGCCUUAUACUCGACAAGGCCUUCAGAAACACUCUGGUGAUGCUCGGGCAUAUUCUUUUCUGAAGAUUCUCGAGCUUAUACCGCAUACAUCUAAGCCUCCACAAAUGUUAUUUGUAGAGAAUGUUGUUGGAUUUGAGACUUCGGAUACCCAUAUGGAAAUGAUUGAUACAUUAACAAAACUAGAUUUUGUCACUCAAGAAUUUAUUUUGAGUCCGUUGCAGUUUGGUGUGCCGUAUUCAAGACCACGUUACUUUUGUCUGGCCAAAAGAAAGCCUCUAUCAUUUCAAUCUCAACACAAUAAUAACAAGCUGCUCUGGUCUCCAGGCCCGUUAUAUGGGCGUGAUGAUCAGGUGGAGUUUGGAAAAUGUCAAGUAGAAGAGGGAUCGGAAAAUUUAUUUCAGUCUUGCGAACCAGUAGAGAAGUUUCUUGACUCAACAGCACAAGUAGAUGGCGAGCCAAGCGGUUUUGAUGACUCUGAGAAUGGAUCCAAAGAUUGUUAUGGACAGGAAGAAGAUUCGGUCCCAGACUCUGCACAUCAGUAUCUGGUACCAUUAAGUUUGGUAGAGAGAUGGGGAAACGCAAUGGACAUUGUUUACCCCGAUUCAAAGAGAUGUUGUUGUUUCACAAAGAGUUAUUACCGAUACGUGAAGGGCACUGGUUCCCUCUUGGCAACUGUCCAGCCAAAAAUCAAGGGGAAGGAAUCUUGUUUGAAAGAGCAACGGCUUAGAUACUUCACCCCGAGAGAGGUAGCUAACUUUCACUCGUUCCCUGAAGAUUUUGAGUUCCCCAAGCAGAUAAGUCUUCGACAGAGAUAUGCAAUGCUUGGAAACAGUUUAAGUGUAGCAGUCGUGGCUCCUCUUCUUCGGUAUCUAUUCGGUUCUUCUCCGUCUUGACUCCAGAAUAGGAAGCAAGAAGCAAGUGACGCAACCGAUUACGGUCUGGUCUUUGCCCCAUUCCGGUUUUUCCGACAUAGCAUGGCAUAGUCACGAUCUGUUUUGUAUCAUUAGUUUGUUUGCUGAAUCGAAUUUGAAUUGAAUGGUACAAUUAUACCGGUGAGCUAAGUUUUUGUUGAUCACGUUAGUGUGUGCCUUUUCACAAUUAGUGAAUUACCCUAUAGAUUUAAUACUAUUAUUAUUGGCCCACUUUUUUAUGAUGGGCCUUAUCUAGAC